GUUGCUAAUUAUGAGCUGUAAUGUUGGUUUGGUGUGAUCUCUGAUCUGGGUCUUUGGUAUAUUUGUUAUCAAGGAGCUAUCAUCACUGACUGCUCUUACUUUUCGUAAAUUUGAAGGCUUUUUAUAAAUUUUCUGGGUUAACGUGAUUUUGAAGUCCCUAUUUUCUUUUUUUUUUUUUCUUUUUUCAAUUUUCUUUUUCCUAAUUCAGUAUUUGGUGAGAGAAGUUUCGAUUUUUGGACUAUUUUUCGACUAUAUAUAGAAGAGUCUGAUCUCCCAAUCUUGUAAAUCAAAAGAGAGCAAAUUUACCGUUUUGGGUUAUUUUCCUCUCUAGUUCAUCGUAAUCAUCAGGAUCUAACAAAUGGCAAAAAAUUCUUCAAAUGGAGAUCACCAAACAACAACAAAGCCACCUCCAAGUCCAUCUCCUUUGCGAAACUCCAAGUUUUUUCAGUCCAAUAUGAGAAUUCUGGUUACUGGGGGAGCUGGAUUCAUUGGAUCACAUCUGGUUGACAAACUAAUGGAAAAUGAGAAAAAUGAGGUUAUAGUUGCUGAUAACUACUUUACUGGAUCAAAGGACAACCUUAAGAAAUGGAUUGGCCAUCCAAGAUUUGAGCUCAUUCGUCAUGAUGUGACGGAGCCAUUGCUGAUCGAGGUUGACCAGAUUUAUCAUCUAGCAUGCCCUGCUUCUCCCAUUUUCUAUAAAUAUAAUCCUGUAAAGACAAUUAAAACAAAUGUAAUUGGCACACUGAACAUGCUGGGUCUUGCCAAGCGAGUUGGGGCAAGAAUUUUGCUUACCUCAACUUCAGAGGUAUACGGCGAUCCUCUUAUCCAUCCUCAACCAGAGAGCUACUGGGGUAAUGUUAACCCAAUUGGGGUUCGGAGCUGCUACGAUGAGGGAAAGCGUGUGGCUGAGACUUUGAUGUUUGAUUAUCAUAGGCAGCAUGGAAUUGAAAUCCGCAUUGCCAGAAUUUUUAACACAUAUGGACCCCGCAUGAAUAUUGAUGAUGGGCGUGUUGUCAGCAAUUUCAUUGCUCAAGCACUUCGUGGUGAAGCAUUGACAGUCCAAAAACCUGGAACUCAAACUCGCAGUUUCUGUUAUGUCUCUGACAUGGUUGAUGGACUCAUUCGACUCAUGGAAGGAGAGAACACUGGACCAAUCAAUAUUGGAAAUCCAGGGGAAUUUACCAUGAUUGAACUUGCUGAGACUGUGAAGGAGCUUAUCAAUCCAGAGGUGGAGAUAAAUAUGGUGGAGAAUACACCCGAUGAUCCACGACAAAGGAAACCUGACAUCACCAAGGCAAAAGAAUUGCUGGGUUGGGAGCCAAAAGUUAAGUUGAGGAAUGGCCUGCCCCUAAUGGAGGAGGAUUUCCGCACAAGGCUAGGAGUCCCCAAAACGAAAUGAUUAUCCUUCACUUCAAUUGAAGAUGAGCUGUGUGAAAUUUUCUUGCACGUCACCAGUGCUUCUUUUCCAUAAUCUUGCCCUUUGCAUAUGCCCUUAUUUCAUUUUCAUAUCAUAAGAAAUAAGCGGUGAUAAAUACCACAUUCUUUUUCCCUUUGUUCCUUCGGUUAUCAUUACUGAGCAUUCACCAUCAUACAGUUCAUAUAAGCUUGUUCUUUUCUUAUUGCCCUGAAUUUUGUUAAGAUCAGGAUCAAUAAAUAGAUAUUUUUGUGAA